AUAUUAAAAACAAUCGAAAUAGUACUUAAACAAUUUAGUAAACACAUUAUUUUAUAUAUGAUUAAACAUUAAUUUAUAAGAUAAUUAGAUUUAAGUUAAUUUAUGCGGAUGUUAAAUUGAUAUGUUUUGUUUUGUUGAUCUUAUUUGUUUGUUUGGGUCUGGUAACAUUGCGCGCGAAAUCAGUUGGCGGGCCGAUCAAUAUUCAGCUUCAGUAGCUUCUUUCAGUCAACUGUUUCUGUUUUUGCCUAUUAAUUUUUAGUAUUCGUUCGUUCGUCCAUCACUGUAUACAGUGUAGCUAAUCAAUAAAAUCAUUUACUAGAACGUUUUAUUUUUCUCUGAUAAAUAAUCAAAUAUUUGGUGAUUAAUUAUUAUUUGUGUUCUAUUUAAUCAGAUCGCACCGGAGGCUGGGCAUCAUGUUUGGUGAUCUUGAACGGACUUGGUACAAUCCGUGGCAAUGGAUGAUAAAACCAUUACCGACUUACACUGAUUUUUUGUACAGUCAUCGAAUAUUUACGAAUCCAAUAUAUACACGUUUUAUCCAUACAAUUCCUAUAUAUGCGAAUCCCAACUAUACGAAUUUCAGCCAUAACGAUUCCAUUUAUACUAGUUUUAAGAGUACCGAACCUAAAUAUAUAAAUUUAAUUUGUGUUAAAGCUUUAUGGGAUCAGGAUGAUCCCCUAUUUACUGACUGUGUAGAGACAAGACCUACUAAUUCUGGACCAAUUUACACGAAUGCUUUGAAUAAUAGUCCUAUGAAUUCUAUGAGUGUGUACACCACUCCGACGCAUGUUACGGCUAUGCAUGCCACGCCAAUGCAGGCGACGCGUAUACACCCUAAGCCCAUAUGGGUAAGUGUCCCACACACAAGGCUGACGGCUGAAAUUGAAGAAGCCGUUCCACGACCACGACCACUGAAGACGCAGCUGAACGGUGGAUCAAAAUGGCUGUGUCCUGGUGACGUUUUAAACCUCCGCAUAAAUAGAUUUAUUCGGCGUAUAGAUGAACCUCUGGCUCUAGGGUACACUGACAAGAUAGAUGAUUUUCAACGAGCGUUUCUUAGAACAAUCGAUACUCAUUUUGAUAAAAAAGGUAAUCUUUUGACAGACGAAUUUAGGGCUACGGAGGCUCUCCUUGUUGGGAUUGGAAUGCGUGAAAAGCCGUCCAAUUGCGGUGUAUGCCGGCGGAUCUGCGCGACGGUUUGCAGCACAUGCCGUGUGGCGUAUUUCUGCUCUGCACGCUGCAUCCGCUAUCUAGCGGCGCUACAUGUCCAUGAGUGCUCUAGUAUGCGAAAUUAUCGCAUUCAAUUUUUUAUGGAACAAGUGAAAAUGCGACGUCGUCCGCGCCCCUAGCUUGCAGAUAUCUGAAGGAGCCACGCAGAAAAGGAACGUUGUAAGAGAUUGAUGUGAUGUUACGGCCAAGUGUAACCAAAGAGACUGCUUAAAUGAAGUCUGUGUCUAUAUUUAGUUAGGCUAUAUACCUAAUAUUACUUAUAAUAGUUAUUAGCCUCUUCGCGAUUCGAAACUGUUGUUUAUGGAUUUUAUAGAACCUAAUUUUAAUCUUUUCAUUCUGUCCACAAUGUUGCUAAAACUCUUGCCUUUAAACUUAUAUUCUGGUACAGUUUCGAAUCAAAAGCGUAGGUGUGUGUCGUCAGAUGUUAAUAAGACUAAUAAUAACCAGUCUAAAAGGCUUGGGCAGCUGCUUACAGUAAACAGCGCGCAGUGAUUUGACAGUGAUCAGUGGUAUGAGAUAUCGUGCUUCGUGCAAAAUGUGAGAAAAUGGAAUAAAUCCGAAUUUUUGGACGCACUCAAAGACGCGUUCUAAUUUAUUUAUGUAAACGUUAAGACAGUGAAUGCCAAUUUGUAAAUUGUAGGAUAUGUAGUUCCAGCAUUAAAAAAAAGGAAAAUAUGAAGGUAUAAAGCUUGUUUCAAAAUUAAUUAAAAAAUUAUACAUCUUAAUGUAUAAAGCUACAAUUGCCAGGUUAAACUGAUUGACCAGGUUGACUGAUAUUUUAAUGCCCUCAAUGAAGAAAAGUCACCAUAAUACCUACUCAAAGGUUUAUUAAUUUUCCAAAUGAUAAUAACUGUCUAUAAUAAUAUAAUGUAAGUAGGUACCUAAAUAUUGGAUAGCAUUGCACAGAUUGAAAGGCGUGAAUAGAGAAAGUCCUUAUGACGUUAAAUUCUGUGUUUUUAACUCAAGUACUUCAUAAAAUCAUCUUAUUCUACUAACUAUUAUUACAGUCCCUCGGUUCAUCAUUGAACCUAUUUUUGUCAAACCGCAAUGAAAGAAGGUUUUAAUUGAGUUUCGUUUUGGUAAAUGUGAGGAAUUAGGUACUUUUUGAUAAAAUGAUCUACUUGUAUACAUAAUAUAUAUAUUGCUUAUAAUUAAUGGAUCUUGCACACUAUGCAGUCGGCAUUCGUUCUUGGGUACGAACAAUAUUUAUGGUGAAGGAUAAACGGUUUGUAACACAUGAUCGGUAUUUAUUUCACUCUAUGUAAUUUAAAGGACAUCACCCAUUUUGGUUCAAAUUGGAAAGUACCGGCCAAGAUGAAAAAAUAUUUUAAUCCGUUAGUACUUGACCCCUUAAGCAUUUUUAUCAUGGCACCGAAACUGUGGAACUUCAGAAGUACCUCAGAAGUAUUUAGAUUAUAAGCUCUGUAAUCUGCUACCAAAGUAGAAGGUACAUUCACUUGCAAAAUAAGUCUAAAGAAACUAUAAGUUUUUGAUCAAUAAUGACUGACUUUUCAUUAAUUUUGUUGUAUUGUUCGCAGACCUUUUGCAUGUGACUGUACAUAUAAUUGAUUCAAUGGAUGUCAGUGUUUUCACAAAGUAGUUAAAUGUUUUACAUCGAAUUUAAGUUUAUGUAGUAAGCACAAUAUGUAUUACCAAAGGAUAUAGGUAAAUGGAAUACCUAAACAUUUACACCUUUUAAUGUAAUUUCAUUUAUAGGGCUAUUAUUAAUCAUUUAUUUUAUUUUUUAUUUAUAUAUACAAACAUACACUUUUAAACUAUACUUGAUACUUUUAAUCUGUGUAGAUAGAGUAAGAAAAUUUUAACUUUAAGAUUUUUUGAUGUCUUUACUGGAUGUAUUUAGUAUAAGAUAGUGUGAAGACACACUAUAAGUACCUAAUUAAUUAAUUAUAAUUUUACGUAGUAAUUUGUGUAGUGUGCCGUGCACCUCGUAUCUACACCAAAAUCACAAACUACUGCCAAAGCAGAGACUCAAAUUGUAAUAAAUAAUUUUAGUAUUCUAUUGUACCUACCUAUACAAUCUUCGAAAUGAUUUACCUCUACAAUUUAAGAUAUAUUGUGUGUUUAUGCGAAUUAACGUUUCAGGUUAACUUUUUGACCAUCACACUAAAAAAAAGAAAAGGUGUGUUCUAGCUUACCUAAACGAAAUUAUGAAUUUUGUCACUAUUCUAUCUACUAAAGUCGCGGUGGUCAAAGUGUUAAUGAUAUUAUGAAUACUUACGUAUUACUGAAUACUCGAUGUUUAAUUGUAAGUAGUGAAAUAAAUGUAUUUGGUGUAAUUUU